AACGCGCAGCCAUCAAGUUCCUCAACUUUCAGGAUCCCCGACUACUCCGCGGUGCCUCUAGGGGCUCGGCGACGGAAAUCCAUCUCUGCCGUGUGGCAGUUUUUCUGCCUCGACCGCACGAACAUCUGCAGAGCCAUCUGCACAUUAUGCCAGACGAGCGUCAGCCGCGGCAAAAUGGGCGGACAUUUCGGUACCUCGGCGUUAAUGAGGCAUCUGGAGGGAAAGCAUCCCAUGGAGUGGGGGAGGGGGAAGUUUAACAAACUGCAUAUCGCCAACGCCAUAGAGGUGGAGGAUGAGGACGAUGAGGAGAUGGAUGAGUCGGUGGCAUAUCCUGACGUUCCUUACGGCAAUUUUGGACCUGCAGAUCUCUCCUUGUAUUCGGAUAUGCCGGAUGCCAUGAGCCAAAUGCAUUAUCACAUGCCAAUGGAGUACAACAUCGAGAGUGAGGAGCCGUUGAUGGACGGUAGUAAUGUCUCCUCGCCAAUGUCUCUUCCGUCCUUUAAAGGAACUCUUAUGGCGCCAACAAACAUCAAGAUGAAGCUCGGUGGAAGGUACCCGCCAAACCAUCCGAAAGCCCAGGCGUGGAACAGGAACAUCACCGAACUCAUAUGCGAGAUGGCCCUCCCCCACUCGUUCAUCGGCUCCAAGGCCUUCCAAAAAUUCAUGGCCAGAGCCGACUUGCAAUACACCGUCCCCACCAGAUCCUUCUUUUCCAAGAGAGCCGUCCCUCAGGUCUACGAAGCCGUGUGCGAGAACAUAGCGAGCGAGCUGAAGAGGUCAGCGUGCCCUUACAUCCACAUAACCGCCCACGUGUGGAGCGCCGACCUCACGGCGUACUAUCUGUCGCUGACGGCGCACUGGUCAGUGAUGGACCCAGACGCCGACCAGCCUGCCGAGAGGAAGUACGCCCUCCUGUGCAUCAAACGUUUUCCAAAAGAGUUGACCGAAGUCAGUAUUCAGCAAGAGCUGAUUCGGCAGGCCAAUCUGUGGCUCCUGUCCAACGCUUUGGCUCCCGGCUUCUUCAUCUCCAAUAGAGACUUCAACCUUGUCCAGGCCAUCAAAGGGGCCAACUGCACCUACAUCCCCUGCUUCACCCAAUCCAUCAACCUGCUGGUGAAGGACUUUCUGCAGAACAACCGUUACAUCGCCGGCAUGCUGGCGGUGGCCAGGAACGUGUGCGGCCAUUUCAUCCACUCGGCUAGAGCCAGGAGGAUCCUCGCCGAGCUACAAUACCAAAACAAUUUGCCAAAGCAAUCUCUCAAACUAGAGACGGUCCCUCACUGGACCUCCACCUUCUACAUGCUGCAGAGGCUCCUGGAGCAGCAAAAGGCCGUCCAAGCCUACUUCUUGAUGCACAAGGUGGACACGGUGGACAUCAUUCUAAACCCGAGUCACUGGAACCUCAUGCUGUCCCUGGUGGACCUCCUGCAGCCCUUUGAGAUGACCACGCGUGAGGUCAAUUCUAGUUCCUCGUGCCUCAGCCAGGUGCUGCCGGAACUCCGUUACCUCCACAUCUUCCUGAAGAAAAUCAGAGGACACUUCGAGAGCACCGGCGAUACCAACGGAGUCGUCAUAGCCGACAGCCUUGCCCUCAAACUUUCCACGGAUUACGGGGUCAGCGAAAUGUUCCAGAAGGAAGAAUAUGUUCUGGCCACGUUGCUCGACCCACGAUUCAAGGGGAGGAUCGAGGCCAUACUGCCACCAGACUCCGACAUUGACCACUGGAAGCAGGUCUUGGUGAAGAAGGUCAAGGAGGUCAUGUCUUCCUCCAGCUCGUCAGCUCAGGGGAGCCGGACGUCCUGCCAGUUCAGGGACAACGGCACCGCAGAGCCGGAGCUGUUCUCCGGCAAGCUGGCCGGCGCGGAGGUGGGCGGGCCCCCUUGGAGGAGAAGCAUGGCCGCGGCUCCUUUAAUCCACAAGGAGAAGUCUUUAAUUGAACACUUGGAGAGCGUCGGCCUCCUGGCGUCCAAGUCCACGGGGGCCUCCUUGUCCACGGAGAGCCACUCGGCGUGCGUCAUGGUGGAGAAGUACCUCCAGGACAAUAAGACCAUCGGCGCCAAAGACGACCCUCUGACCUACUGGCAGAAGAGGACGUGGCUGUGGCCGGCCCUCACCAAGCUGGCCGUCACCUACCUGACUUGCCCGUCCUCCAGCGUUUUUGCCGAGCGGGUCUUCGGCUCCCCUCAGGUGUUCGCGGGCAAGCCGAGCUCCUCGGAGGCCGCGGAGGGGACGGAGCGCAGCGCCUUCCUGAAAGUCAACCUGGAGAACUUCCCCAACUACAACCCCCCUCCCCUCAUCUUCUCCUCCGACAAUGCGGCCGAGCAGAGCGACUCCGACGACGGAGGACUGUGACGUGGACUGUG